AUGCAAGACAAGAGUGAUGUUGACACUGUUCCAAUGUCCUCCGGCUCCUUUUCCACCUUGAGUUUGAUCGACUCAACGUCACCAUUAUCAAAAAAACAGGCUGGACAAACGAGACCUCUGAACACCGACUCACCCGGACUGACCGCCAACCUCCUUAUGGCCCAACACAACAUGCUUACUGCCUUUAUGAGAACUAGAGCCGCUCUUAACAGGUCAUUUCAGUGCGGCUAUAUCCCCUCCCCCAGUGAUUUCUUGGGUAAUUUCUUCCCCAACCCCGACGGUCUCCAUUUGUCCUCUGCUUCCGAUGUCGCCGUAGGUGCCUCCUUUCCCGAACGACCAGUAAAGGAGCCCAGCUUGAACUCUGAGGGCAAAGUCUCACCGCUAACUUCACCCUCAACUGAACACUCCUACGCGUUUCAUCGAUCUGAACUAAGUACUGAUUCUUCAUCAGUCGGCGCCGACUGUCUGACACCACAGGAAAUCAUGCAAAUUUGCCAAAAUCUGGAAGAUGCUGGAGAUGUCGAACGUCUGUGUCAAUUCAUGUGGUCCCUACCCAAGAGGAUGGACUUAUGGGAGGUGCUUAAUCGAAACGAAGACAUUCUGCGUGCGAGAGCAUUGGUCGCCUUUCACUCACGCAACUUUCGAGAACUCUACUCCAUUCUGGAGAGACACACCUUCUCCAAGAGUAGUCAUCCCAAGUUGCAGGCCUUGUGGCUGGAGGCUCACUACCAGGAGGCAGAACGACUGCGCGGUCGCUCUCUUGGGCCUGUGGACAAGUAUCGAGUUCGCAAGAAGUUUCCCCUGCCGAAAACUAUCUGGGACGGCGAACAGAAGACGCACUGCUUCAAGGAGAGAACCAGGAGUCUGCUGCGGGAGUGGUACCUGCAGGACCCCUAUCCGAACCCUCUGAAGAAACGCGAGCUAGCCAUCGCGACGGGUCUAACACCAACUCAGGUCGGUAACUGGUUUAAAAACCGACGGCAGAGGGAUAGGGCGGCUGCCUCGAAGAAUCGAUUCCAGAACAUCGAAGGCCAGGGUAGGUAUGGUGAGGAUGACUUGUACCGUCGCCUCAACAGGACACGAAAGCAGGAACCGCUCGUAAUGCGUGUGGCUUUUGGCAAAUUCCGAGGAAAUUAG